AUUUAAGGGUGACCGGAAUAAAUCGCCACAGUAAACAACUGCAACAGAAACAACCGCUUAGAAAAAGUGUAGUAGGCUAGAAAUAUUUGGCGCGGGAAAAACAUCAUGUGCCUCACAUUUCUAUUAUAAAUUUAUUCUCUUGUUCUCGUUUUUCGAAAUUUAUUCUGAGGACAAUGUAAUGGGGACGAAGUCCCCAUUUGGCGAGGAUAAGGAAUCGAGGCGGCCCAUGCCGCCAAGAUGACGCAAUCCGAGUCCACCGCCGACCCGCCGUCGGAAGCGGCGGUGUCUCGCACGCAAACCUGGGAUCCACUGAUUGCCCGGUUAGUUUGAAACAUAGGAUACGAUCCUUUAGCAAUGUCCGACCGAGCUCUAGCGAGCGUCGGACGGUAUACGUCUGCCCGGGGCGUUACGUUUGCCUGGGGCGAUACGUUUGCCCGGUUAAUUCUUGUUUUGAAAUACAAUACCGCGCCACAAUAUUUAUAGCCUACUACACAUUUUAUAAGCGGUGGUUUCUGUUGCAGUCGUUUUCUGUGGCGAUUUAUUCCGGGAACCAGAUUUAAGUUUAAAAUAGUGUGAAAUAUAUAUUGGUGUUUAUCAUAUUACCUGUACACGACACAUGCCACAAUGGACACUGAAGAUCCGAAUAUAGUGCCAGGGUUUUCGGUUGAAAACGUAGACAUUGAUUUCGACGAUGAUGGAGCGGCGAAGAAGGGCAAGAAAAAGAAAGGAGGUGGAUUCCAGGCCAUGGGUCUCAGUAUGCCGGUUCUGAAGGCAAUCCUGAAGAUGGGUUACAAAAUGCCAACACCAAUUCAGCGCAAAGCAAUUCCACUGAUUAUGGAAGGACGCGAUGUGGUGGCCAUGGCAAAAACUGGCUCCGGUAAGACCGCUUGCUUCCUUAUUCCGCUGUUCGAAAAAUUAAAGCAACGGGAAAUUAAAAACGGUGCGAGGGCACUUAUCCUGACACCUACGAGGGAGUUGGCCAUACAGACGUUCAAAUUCAUCAAACAGCUGGGCAAGUUCUUGGAUUUGAAGGCAAUUCUGGUGCUGGGCGGUGAUUCGAUGGAUUCACAGUUCGCAGCGAUCCACACUUUACCCGACAUAAUUGUAGCCACUCCUGGCCGCUUCCUCCAUCUCUGCGUUGAGAUGGAUCUAAAGUUGACAUCCAUUCAAUAUUGUGUGUUCGAUGAAGCGGAUCGGUUGUUUGAGAUGGGAUUCGAAGAGCAGUUGACGGAUACGCUGCGUAGACUUCCGGAGGCCAGGCAAAUGGUGCUGUUCAGCGCAACACUACCCAAGCUGAUGGUGGAGUUUGCGAAGGCUGGUUUGCGAGAGCCAACGUUGAUUCGACUGGAUGUUGAAAUCAAAAUUCCGGAGACAUUAGAUUUUAGGUUCAUCUACUGUAGACCGGAUGAGCGCUAUGCCACGCUGUUGGUUUUGUUGAGAGAGGUGAUUCCGAAGAAUAAGCAGAUUGUUCUGUUUGCUGGUACCCAACAUCACGUGGAGCUGAUUUCAUUGAUUCUCACAAAGGCAGGAAUUCCGAACACGUAUGUGUUCUCAAGUCUUGAUGCUUCUGCGCGCAAAAUUAACACUGCCAAGUUUACAAUGAAAAAAGUCAACGUAUUGGUGGUGACAGAUAUUGCAGCCCGCGGGUUGGACAUUCCUACGCUGGAUUACGUAGUUAAUGUUCACUUUCCGGGAAAGCCUAAACUAUUCAUCCAUCGAGUUGGACGAUGUGCCCGCGCUGGACGACACGGAACCGCGUUCAAUAUAUUCUCCAACGAUGACAUUGCUCACAUGAUAGAUUUGAAUAUGUUUCUCUCUCGUCCGCUGGAUGUGCACGACAGUCAAACGAUUGGAUUGGCUCCGCCGGAUUUGGUGGAAGCGGAACAUCAGCUCGUGCUGGAUUACGUCAAGCACAAUGAUCUUGCAACGAUCUUUCGAGUCAGCAACAAAGCCUACAAACAGUACAUAGCCACACGACCGUCGGCAUCGGCCAGCUCAAACAAGAAGGCGAAACUUUUCAAACUGGGAGAGAUGAAAGUGUUGGAGGACUUCAAGAAAUCCCCGGAAAAGGAUCCUGUUGUCGAGCAGAAGGUAGUGAAGAAGGCCACCAAAAAGGCGAAGAAAAUGUUGGAAUCAAAAAAACAACCUUCCGAGGAUCCGAAUGAUUUCAGAAACAACUUUUUGGCUCAAAUGAAAAACUUUCGUCCGCAGACAACCAUUUUUGAGCUGAAUCCAAAAUCCAAUUCAAAGGAGCUGUUGGUUAUGGCUGCAAAACGAGGGAAAGAUGGCAUCAAAAUUGAAAAGCACAAGCGCAAAUUGGAAGAGCUGGAAAUGGAAGAGCAGAAAAAGGCCAUAGCCAGCAUGCAGGAGGAAAAACCUCUGCCGAAAAAGAAAAAGCAAAACCCAAUCAAAGAUGAGCAGCACUACAUCUCGUACCAAGCGAAGGAUCAAGUCGAAGAGAACGGCUAUUCGGUGAACAAUUUUGCCAACGAAGCGAAUUCGGCGGAACUAUCCGUGAUCGGUGAUACGGCUGCCGAUCAAAAGUUCCACCAGCGGCUGCAGAAGUGGGACCGCAAAAAGAAGAAGAUGGUCAACGUUGAGAACCCGAAAGCUGGCAAAAUUCGAACGGAACAUGGGGUGUGGAUUGCGGCGUCUUACAAGACCGGAAGAUACGACAAAUGGAAGGAGCGCACGAAGACGGAUGAGCAGACCGGGCGACAGCAGCAAGACAGCGAUGGCAGUGACGAUGAGAGUGCUCUGCCGGUUCAGAAACGAGACUAUCCGCAUACCCACUGGGGACGGCACAAUGCGAAGAUGGAUCUGAAGAAGAGACAUGAUUUGGACCUGAAAUCGGCGGAUCAAAUCGUGAAGCAGCGAAUGCAAAAGGAAACAAAGUUGAUGAAGGAAAAGGCGGCGAGAAUGAAAAACUUGCAACGCAAGAAGAAAGCACUUAGUCGUCGCAAAGCCAGUGGGAAAAAGUGAUGAGAUUUUUUUUAAAUUGUGGAGUGAUCAAUACAUGUACAGAGAACAAUAUUCAACAGAAUGUAUUUUUCUUAAUCCGAAUAAGAGAAAUAAACUCAACAAAUAUUGA